UCCCUGAAUGCACCGUAAGACACAGACCAUCGACAGCACAGAUUAGCAGGACACUGUUGCUUUAGCGUUUUCUCUAACUAAAUCCUUAAAACACUUCUAUUAUUUGUGACGAUGGAGUUCAAUACAUAAUGGCGGAGCUUCUUUAAAGCUGCCAGCGGAGGGAAAUGACAUGUCAGCGGGGAAACUUAGGGCUGAGAUUUCUGGUAUAUCUAAGUAUACUGUGACGCCUGUUCUGCUCUAGAAGAGACGGAGUGAGCUGCAGCCAACUGAAGUUUACUACUGUUUCCUAGAUAACAAAGGGGCAACAUUUUUACUUUCUGAAGGCUUUAUUCGACGCCACAACAAUAGUUAAAGACUCGGAAGGGAUUCAAAAUGCAAGACGGGGGCAUUUGGUGUGUUUGCGUUGAAAAAGGACAUGAAGCUCAGAGAGGCGCCGUCUGAGUAGCAUUGGUCGAGACUGUCCUCUCAACCAGCCACACCACGUUUAAUCAAGCCAACUAAAUGUAAAGGAUCCCCCGGUUUCUAGCCACCAUGGAUAUCUAUCCCCGGCCGAGCGGCGAAAUUCAGAGGAAGAACCCCCAGCAUGACUUUGAGCUCAUUCAGAGGGUGGGAAGCGGAACAUAUGGAGACGUGUAUAAGGCUCGAAAUAUUCAAACAGGAGAGCUUGCUGCUGUGAAGAUCAUAAAGUUGGAACCAGGAGAUGACUUUUCCAUCAUUCAGCAGGAAAUCUUCAUGGUGAAGGAAUGCAAGCACCACAACAUUGUGGCCUACUUUGGGAGCUACCUCUGUCGAGAAAAACUUUGGAUAUGUAUGGAAUACUGUGGUGGAGGAUCCCUGCAGGACAUUUAUCAUGUCACAGGGCCUCUAUCAGAGCUCCAGAUUGCAUAUGUCUGCAGAGAAACCUUGCAGGGCUUGGGGUACCUGCACAUAAAGGGCAAGAUGCACCGUGAUAUCAAGGGUGCAAACAUACUCCUAACAGACAAUGGAGAUGUGAAGUUGGCUGACUUUGGAGUUGCUGCCAAAAUAACAGCUACCAUUGCAAAAAGGAAGUCCUUCAUUGGUACACCUUAUUGGAUGGCUCCUGAGGUUGCAGCGGUAGAGAAGAACGGCGGAUACAACCAGCUGUGUGACAUCUGGGCUGUUGGCAUCACAUCCAUCGAGCUGGCGGAGCUGCAGCCUCCGAUGUUUGAUCUGCAUCCGAUGAGGGCUUUGUUUUUGAUGUCCAAGAGCAAUUUCCAGCCUCCUAAGCUAAAAGACAAAAACAAAUGGUCUGCUGCUUUCCAUAAUUUUAUUAAAGUCUCUCUCACAAAGAACCCAAAGAAGCGGCCCACCGCAGAGAAACUUCUACUGCAUGUGUAUGUGGCUCAAACUGGGCUAACGAGGAGGCUUGCUGUUGAUCUGCUUGAUAAGAUGAAUAACCCAGACAACCACCAAAAUUACAGCGAAGUGGACGAUGAUGACCUUGAGCCCGUCCCUGUAGUCCGACACACCAUCCGUUCCACCAACAAACAUCCUAAAGUGGAGAGGACGCGCUCCGAGAUCGACUCAAACAGUGGAACAGGCCUUGACCGUCCAGUCUCGAGUCCUAGUGACUCUGAGGGAAACAGGGGGGAUGCAGUUGACAAGGUCCAAUUUCAGGCGCCUCUUCUCCCAAAGGAAACAGAAGCUCAUUCUGAAAUGGAUGUGAAUAAAGAUAAUGACUUCCCUUCCCCAUGGAGCCCUUUUGCAGAUGGAGGAAUAACAACCAGGAGCCUUCUCAAAAGCGUUGAGGAUGAAUUGUUUCAACGUGGACACAUCGCCCAUCUGGAAGAUGCCUUUGAAGAAGUUGAGUUGUCAACACUUAAACCAGGCGUACCUCCUCCUCUGCCCCCUAAGCCGCGAAUAAGCAGCCCGGCGGAGGAGCUAGGACUGAACGAGGAGAGGUCGCUGACAGUUCGUCGGUUCCCGAACUCAGAAAACGGCCCCAGCCAGGCCGCCCGCAGACAGAGCACACCUGAACAGAGCAACAAGGCGGAGCAUUCAUCGUCCGACUUCCUGUCAGCGAGUGUCAGCAGCCCUGGUGACUUAUCUCACUCCUCUGAUGCCGAUUAUGAUUCAGAUGGAAGUGUGAAUGGAGAUGGUCCUACACCAACGCCACAGCACCGGAAGGAGAAAAAGGACUUCCCUAAACCAGCAAUAAACGGUCUGCCACCCACUCCUAAAGUACUGAUGGGAGCCUGUUUCUCUAAAGUGUUCGAUGGCUGCCCGUUGAAAAUCAACUGUGCCACAUCAUGGAUUCACCCAGACACCAAAGAUCAGUACCUCAUCUUUGGAACAGAGGACGGCAUCUACACGCUAAAUCUUAACGAGCUGCAUGAAGCAACAAUGGAGCAGCUCUUCCCAAGGAAGUGUACGUGGCUGUAUGUUAUCAACAACAACCUGAUGUCUUUGUCCGAAGGAAGAUCCUUCCAGCUGUACUCUCACAAUCUGAUUGGGCUGUUUGAGCAGCUGAAGAAGCCCGGCCUCGCAGCUCAGUUUCAGACGCACCGUUUCCCAGACAAGAUUCUGCCGAGGCGCUUCGCCCUGACAACCAAGAUCCCUGACACAAAAGGUUGUCACAAAUGCUGCAUUGUGAGAAACCCGUAUACAGGCCACAAGUACUUGUGUGGAGCUCUUCAGUCUGGCAUUGUCCUUCUGCAGUGGUACGAGCCCAUGCAGAGGUUUAUGCUCAUCAAGCACUUUGAGUUCCCCGUUCCCAGUCCGCUCAAAGUGUUUGAGAUGCUGGUGGUCCCAGAACAAGAGUAUCCGCUGGUGUGUGUCGCCAUCAGCAAGGGCACAGAGCAGGGCCAGGUGGUCCACUUUGAGACCAUCAACCUGAACUCUUGUUCCUCCUGGUUCACAGAGGGAACAACUGAACAGCAAGUGGAUGCGAUCCAUGUCACACAGCUGGAGAGAGACACUGUGUUGGUGUGCUUAGACCAAAAUGUAAAGAUCGUCAAUCUUCAGGGCAAACUGAAGUCCAACAAGAAACUGGCUUCUGAGCUCAGCUUUGACUUCUGCAUCGGAGCCGUCGUGUGCCUUCAUGACAGCGUCCUGGCCUUCUGGAAGCAUGGCAUGCAGGGAAAGAGCUUCAAGUCCAAUGAGGUGACUCAGGAGAUUUCUGAUCCAAGCAGAGUCUUCCGCCUCUUGGGAUCCGACAGGGUGGUGGUUCUGGAGAGCCGGCCGACCGACAACCCGUCGGCUUUGAGCAACCUUUACAUCUUGGCAGGUCACGAGAACAGUUACUGAUCCCCCGACCAGACAACGGGUCAAUCUUAGAAAAGCGAAUAACGUUCCACAGUUUUUGGGAGGUUCUGGACCUUUUUUAAAGGGAAGCAGAUAACCGGGGAGCUUUUGUUGACGAUAAACCGCUGGUCAGUGCAAGAGGAGCCUCUUCAGCGUGGAUCCAUGCGCAGCCUUAACACCAGCAGGGACGUUCACCGUAGCACACAUCUCAACGCAAGACCGCGUGGAGAUGGACAGAGACAAACCAAGCUCAGACGAACCUUGUUACAGUACCCAGCAGUUUUCUCACUUCUCUAGCACUGUGAACAAGCCGUCUCGAGGUAUUGCUGACGGAAGUGCCAUUUAAAAAUUCACACACGUUGCGAUUGUAUUAGAAACAGUGGGAGAUUAAAUCGUUUCUGUCUUUUUAACUUGUCACACAUAAUCAUAGCUGGUGACAGACGCCAGAAGGCUCAGGAGGAGAUUUUACAGUCAGACCUAACGGGUCACUUUUAUAGAAACCCUUGAGCCUUGUGGGUUAUUUAAGCAAUAUUUAUUAACCUCAUCUUCAUUCAUUGGGAAUGUCAGGUUUACAGACUGUCAGAGUUUUAUGCCGCAGCAGGAUUAACUACCUAGUGAUCAGUUCCUGAUUAGCUGUGGGUUAUUUUUUAUCUGAUGUGUAAUGUAGUUGCAUCUCCUGCUCUGCUGCAUUUUUAGAACUUGGAUAAAAUGUACAUGGUUUUUUUUUUUUUUUUGCCUUCACUCUCUUCUUUUAUAGACCUUUUACUUCUCUUUACUUGCACCAUUUAAGCACUUUUGUACAUUUUUUUUAUUUAAAACAAAAUGACAAACUGAGGGACAGUGCUUGGUUUUAUUAACAUCUCUGCAUUCCCUUCGCAAAAUGUUUAAUAUGUGCUUUUUGUAAUAAAAAAAAGCUUUUAACAUGGUAAA